AGCAUAUUCAGUUCAAAGCUUUCGCCAUGGGUUCUCGUUUGAGGUGUCUGCUUAUUCUUUUGGUGGUUUUGCAAGUAGUAUUGUCACAGAAAAAGGACGAUUUGAAAGAGAAGAGAGAUGAAAAGUGGAAAAAGAAAGACGUGAGGGAUUAUUCAGAUGCUGAUGUAGAAAGACUUUAUGAUCAGUGGGAGGAGACAGAUGACGAUGAACUGGAGCCAGAUGAAUUACCUGAGUGGAAACGGGAACCACCACCUGUUGAUAUGUCCAAGCUUAAUCCAGAAAAUCCUGAGGAAUUCUUGAAGUUAUCCAAGAAGGGCCGUACACAAAUGAUGUUUGCAACAGUUGCAGGGAACCCAACAGAGAGAGAAACAGAAACAAUUUCAAGCCUUUGGCAUUCAAGCCUAUAUAAUGCUAACAUAGAAACCCAAAGGUUUGUUAGUUGGCGCUAAUCGGAUAUUGUUUAUGUGCCGUGAUGGAGCACAAGCUUGGGAUGUCAAAGACUUCCUAGUUCAGCAAGAUAACUGUGAAAGCGUUGAGAUUGAAGGAAAAACCUAUUAUUGCAAAGGGGCUAAAAAGGAGUCAGGAGAUGAAAACAAUAGUAAAGAAAGUGACAGAACAGGAAGUAAAUCAAAGACAAGUCAAAGGAAAGGCAAAUCUAAAGAAAAUGUGGAACUUUAGCCAUAGUAAAAGUCUUACUGCUUAUUUGCUACAAAGAGCAAUAUUUUAGCAAUUUUAUAUUAUAUUUUUGCUGUUCAUUUUUUUGAGUGAUGAUAUGUUUGACUGCUGUCUUUUUGAGACUCAAAAUUGUUUGCUGCAAAACUCAACUCAUUCCUGUAACAUCUUUUAAUAAAGGAAAUUAUUUAAUAAAGGGAAUUUUCUGUUGUUUUCUCACCAGUUCUAUCUGCUAUUCUCUUUAUUUGGUGUUCCUGGGGGGUCUGACCUCGAUCCCCUCCCUGGUGAUUAAGAAGGCUGUUGUCUCUAGGUUUUCUUUGGUGCCCAAGAGUCUCUUUUAUUGUGGCUCCCUGAACCCACAGCUCUGUCUGUGUUUGUCAAGUGUAAGGGGAAGAAAUGCAGGACAUGCUCAAGCAGUCUGCUUUUCCCUGCUGUUCAGAUUUGCAGACACUGGAGUGAGCACUCUUAGGGCUGAGAGCCUGGCGCCAUCCCUUCCUAACAGGAAUCUGGGACAACAUCACAGCAAGGUGUCUGACUAGGGCAUGGUCUAAAGGCUUGCAUGUGAGCAUGUUUUCCUAAGACAUAGUCAGUAACCCUUGCGCCCUAUGCUCCUCGAGGAGUAACGAGAACUAAACUAUAGUCAGCAUCACUUUGCCUUCGUUGGGAUAGCUGACAGCUGAAAUCCAUAGCUAGCCCUUCAGUCGUGGACAUGAUGGCCCUUUGGUUCUUCUUGGACUCAAUCAAGGAAUCCCAAGUGAUGACUUAUCAUUAUCACCUCCUCACAGCACUUUGUCAGCUGAGACAGUGUGUCAGGAUGUGGCACAUGGAGCCAGCAGAGAGUUGGGUUUCAGCUGUAAGCCAGUGUGCCUAGCCAUCCUGUAUAGAGGAAGCUGCUACCGGGGCACCGCCACCAGCCAUACAGUCCUAUCUGCUGUUCAUUCAUCUGUAAUGUUUGAAGAAAGUGUGUGCAUAUCAUUGCAGUCCAUUUUUUGCCUUCACACAGGGAAAUGCACUCUACCUGUUAUUAUAGUAUUAUUGUUAUUAGUUUUACAAUCAUACAUUUGUUCUUGCUUUGCACAAAAGAAUUGAUUUCAUCUAUGAUAAAAGAAAUUCAAAUUUAGGGACUUUUGGCAUAUUCUUAAUAAAAUUGCAUGUGAUACUUUGAAAGGGAAUAAUCCCUAAAUGGUCAUUGACCAUCAUGGAGGUAGUGAGCUGUGAUCAUCAUCACUUGUGAUUUAAUAAACUUCAUUAAAAUGUUUUAAGAAGUGAGAACAUAAGAUUUAGAACUAGAUAGAGCAGGUAACAAGCUAGAAGGUAGAUGACUUGUGAAAGUGUUAUUUUUAUAAUAGGAAUUUCAUACUUUGAGGAUUUAAUACUGAUGCGUGAAUAUGCAGAUAUUUUGAUAUAUUGGCUGUAGGGUAUUUCUAUUUCAGAAAAAUAAUUUGUUGCUGACAAACAUUUUUAGAUAAACUAAAUUCCUUAAGUCAUGCUUCAGUUGUGUAUGAAGUGAGUAUUAUAAUCUGUUGUUUUAUACUUUUGUAAAAGUAAGAUUUUUAUAAAUGUAUUUUGUAUUAAAAUGCUUGUGAACAAGAUCAAAUUAUGUGAUUUUUUUUUUUUAGCAGGGGAAGGGGGGGGGGGUCAGCAUUGUAAAUUUUGUUUCAAAAGUUGAGACAAUGAUGUUGUCAAUGUGUGUAGCAGCUGAAUCUACUUUAAUGGUUAAAGUCUGUAAGCCAAAGGAAUGCUGAAGAAGAUGUGAGAAAAUUUUCAUGUCUGUUUUUUUAAAAGUCAAGUAAUUAUACAUGCAUUAUCAAGAAUAAGAUUAAAGAUUUGGGAACAAGCAAAAAA